AUGGCUACUGUUCUGACUCGAGCCUUUAGGACUGAGGGGGACGACUUAGUCGUCAAAAGUGACGGCUUGAACAGCAGUCCCUCUGAUUCUAAGGAAGGCAUUCUCCUGAACAGUACAGUUGUCGAGAACCUCGGCCUUGGUGUCCCUGCCGACGAAAAAAAGUUCUGGUGGCAGCGGGGAAGAGGAUAUGACCCCGAUGCCGUCGCAACACUCCCUUCUGUCUUCGAUGACCCGGAAACAGCCAAACAUUAUCAGCCACGCGCUGACUGGGAGAACCUGCAUCGUUUCGAUCCUUCCGCAAGAUGGACGUGGCGCGAAGAGUAUGCGGUCAUUCGCAAGAUUGAUUGGCGGAUCAUGGUCUUUGCCUGUAUCAUGUUCAUGUCUUUGGAGUUGGACCGAUCCAACCUAACCCAGGCCGUGACGGAUAACUUUCUUGAAGAUCUUGGGAUGAACACCAACGACUAUAAUUGGGGAAACACUGUUUUCAAGCUUAGUUUCCUUUGCGCCGAGCUGCCCUCUCAGCUGAUCUCCAAAUGGAUGGGUCCUGAUCGCUGGAUUCCCACUCAAAUGGUUUUGUGGUCUAUAGUGGCAGGUGCACAGUUUUGGCUCUCUGGGCGCAGCAGCUUUCUUGCUUGUAGAGCGUUGCUUGCACUGUUACAAGGUGGCUUCAUUCCUGACAUGAUCCUCUAUCUAUCUUACUUCUACAAACACGGUGAGCUCUCGCUCAGGCUGGGCUUCUGGUGGACGGCAAUGUCGAUUGCCGAUAUCAUCGCGAGCUUCUUGGGAGCUGGCCUGCUUGAUCUCCGAGGACACCUUGGCUACGCUGGAUGGCGUUGGCUGUUCCUUAUCGAGGGGCUUUUGACUCUGGUACUGGGGCUCAUAGCGUUUGCCUUGAUGCCCCCUAGUCCUACGCAAACUGCCAACUGGGCACGAGGCAAGAAGGGAUGGUUCACCGAGCGCGAAGAGAUCAUCAUGGUCAACCGAGUUAUCAGGGAAGAUCCAAGCAAGAGCACUAUGCACAACAGGCAGCCGAUCACUCCAAAGCUGCUCUGGCAGAGCUUGACGGAUUAUGAUCUAUGGCCAUUAUACUUGAUCGGACUGACGUUCCAAAUCCCGAUGACCACACCCGCUCAGUACUUGACCCUUACUUUGAAAGGGCUGGGUUUCGGUACAAUCAAGACAAACUUGUUGGUCAUUCCGUCAACUGUCGGCCACAUCAUCACAAUGUUGGCCGUCACCUACCUCUCCGAGGUGUCUGGGCAGCUCUGGAUCUGGGGUUUGAUCGCGCAGCUAUGGGGUCUGCCGUUCCUGUCUUACAUCUACGCCGUCAACAUCAAUUCCAUCCCGAAAUGGUUGGCCUUUGGCAUUAUGACUGUGCUUCUUGCGUAUCCCAGCACACACGCAGUCCAAGUGGGAUGGAACUCAAGAAACUCGAACUCAGUACGUAGCCGGACUGUGAGUGCUGCCAUGUACAACAUGUGUUGUCAGGCGGGUGGUAUUAUUGCAAGUAACAUAUACCAUGAUCGACCACGCUAUCGCCGUGGAAAUCGUGUACUUGUUUCCAUCUGCGCCCUUAACGUCGGCAUCUACGUCUUUGCCAAGGUCUACUACGUCGUUCGAAACCUACGCAGAGACCGAGUGUGGAACGCCAUGACAGAAGCUCAGCGUGCUGAAUAUCUCACAACGACAACCGACAAGGGGAACAAGCGCCUCGACUUCCGCUUUGCCAGCUAA